AUGGAACAUAACAUUUACAUGUACAAGAUAGUUAUCCAUUUAUCCAAGCCAGACAAGGAGGAAAAAACUACAAAGCUGAUUUGGGUCAAGGAAUCUGAUGGGAUAUUCUCAGUCAAAUCUGCAUAUGAUUCUAUUGUUGAAACUGACUUGGAGUUUGAUGAAUCAAACUUUAAUCUAGUGUGGAAAGUCUGGGCUCCUUCAAAUGCUUCAGCACUAGGUUGGAGGGUAUUUCUUGACCGCAUUCAAACGAAGAUGAAUCUGGUUCGCAGGAACAUCCCAAUUUCAAGUUGUGCGUGUCCUUGGUGUGGCAUAGCAGAGGAAACCACUUCUCACUUAUUAUUUGUUUGCCCUUUUGCCUGGUGUGUUUGGUCUUUAAUUUUGAGAUGGCUGGGGAUAUUUUUUGUGCUGCCAGGGGAAUCUAUGGAUCAUUUCAAACAGUUUGUGAAUUGUUGGUCUUUGGCAACGAAGAGUGGUCUAGCUACAAUUUGGCUUGCAACUGUGUGGCAUCUAUGGCAUGGGAGAAAUGCAGUUAUAUUUAGGGAGGAAAAUUUGGAAAGUGUUGGGAUUUUUGAAGCUGUGAAAUUGAAGUCGUGGUCAUGGAUUAAGGCCUGCAAUAAAAAUUGUCCCCAUUCUUUAUCAGAGUGGUUUAAUGAACCAUUGGCCUGUUUGGGGGAUAUGUGA